UGACAGUGGCAGAUUAUGCCAACUCAGACCCAGCUGUGGUGAAGUCUGGUCGGGUGAAAAAAGCUGUGGCCAAUGCAGUGCAGCAGGAAGUUCUCUCCAUGUCGGGAGAGUCCUGUGACAGCAGCGAUGAGAUGGACACAAAGGAGAGCAUCAACGGCCGAAAUGCCUCCCGGAAAAAGAAGAGCAAGAGGCACAAAGAAAGCCCUGAUGGGGGAGGAGGAGAGGAAUACCCCAUCGACAUCUGGCUGCUCUUGGCCUCCUACAUUCGCCCUGAAGACAUUGUCAGGUUUUCUCUGAUCUGCAAGAAGGCCUGGACUGUGACUUGCACUGCUGCCUUUUGGACCAGGCUCUACAGAAGGCACUACAGCCUGGACGCGUACCUGCCCCUGCGCCUGCGCCCGGAGUCCAUGGAGAAGCUGCACUGCCUCCGAGCCUGCGUCAUCCGCUCCCUCUACCACAUGUACGAGCCCUUCGCCUCCCGAGUCUCCAGGAACCCAGCGAUCCCAGACAGUACUCCCAGCACUUUAAAGAAUUCCAGAUGUCUCCUUUUCUGGUGUAAAAAGAUUGAAGGGAACAGACAAGAAGCAAUGUGGGAAUUCAACUUCAAGUUCAAAAAACAGUCUCCCAGAUUUAAGAGCAAGUGUUGCAAAGGUCUUCAGCCACCAAUCCAGUAUGAGGAAGUCCAUUCAAACCCUGAUCAGGAUUGCUGUCUGCUGCAGAUCACCACCUUCAACUUCAUCUUCGUGCCAAUAGUCAUGGGCAUGACCUUCACCUUGUUCACCAUCAACGUGAGCACAGACAUGAGGCACCACCGCGUGCGCUUGGUGUUCCAGGACACUCCUGUGCGCAGUGGGAAGAAGCCUCGGCCAGACCAGGGGGUGCAGGUGGUGCUGGACCCUGUGCACAGUGUGAGGCUCCUGGAUUGGUGGCACCCACAGUACCCCUUCUCCCCCAAGGCUUAGUGCUCUCCUGGGGCUGCAGAAACCCCCAGGGCACCGGAUCUGACAGGCUGAAGAGAAUUCCUAGGACCCAGGAAAUCCUCUUUUUAUUUCUUAAAUAAAUUCUGCAGUCUCCUUGCAAGUGGUUGAAGCUGCUGAGCUAGUUUGUAUGUAUAUAACUUCUGGUCAGUGCUGGGCAGAGCUGAGUGUAAAGCAGAAACUGUUUGUAAACACACUUUUAUGUAAAAUUGACAUUUUAUGAUUUGAAAGGAGCUCCCUGGAACUGUUCAUUUAAAAUCCUUUUGGUGCUAA